UAUGAAAUUAUGCGCCUUCAGGUUCAGCCUUGGGUACGCCCUCUUGUCGAUACGCACCGCCCUGUUUGUCGUAAGAUACGACACGUUGUUUGCGGCCUGCUGAAGCCCUUCAAGCAAAGCGCUUAAGUCUAAUUUUGAACUAUAAUCAUAUUUUCAGGACACCCUUUGGGAAACGUAUAUAAGCAGCUAUAUUCUACAAUAACCAGUCUACAUCAUCUCUUCUACAAAACUGGGAAAGUAUCUGGUGUUUCAUUAACCUUACAACCAUUGACCGCUAUUUUCAGCAGUACAGCUGCCACUGUUUCUUGCUUUAAUUCUGGAGCAGGGAAACUACCACGACUAACUAUAAGGUUUGCCAUUCCCAGAACUCUGCGCGGCAGUAGGUUGCUAUUGCAGUCUUGUUGAGCUUUUGCUUCCUUAGUGGUGGAAGUAUAUCAGUCACAGCAGAAUACGGAGAUCAGCUAUUCUAGUUGGUAUGUUUGGAUUGUUUUUGAAAAAGAGGGUCAGUCACCUGUCCGAAAAGGGUGGAAGCCAGUAAGGUUAAUACUGAAGAAGGAAGAGAACAAAAGGGAGAGGCACAAAGUACAUGCUUAAGUCGGUUAUAGAAGAAAUGUAGACCAAGGAAAGGAGCAUAAUGGCCAUUCUGUGUAUAAACCAUGCCUCGAUGAAGAAUAUUCUUUCUAUUAAGAACUGAACAAGAAACUCUGCCUGUGACUAAUCUUUUCUUGCAAUAAAAUGUGACUGGUUUGGCAUACUUGUAAAAGAAGCAAGCAGAUCUUGUUGCCUUCAUGUAACAGAUCAUGUUUGGAAUGCUGUUCAGGAGGAACAUGUCGCAGAAACUGAGCCUGUUAUUACUGAUAUUUGGAUGUGUUUGGGGACUUAUGUUGCUGGCAUACACUUUUCAACACCCAAGACAUCAAAGCAGUGCAGAAUUACGUGAACAAAUCCUAGACUUGAGUAAGAGAUAUGUUCGAGCUUUAGCAGAAGAAAAUCAGAAUGCUGUCAAUGGUGCUAAUGGUGCAUCAAUGGCUGGAUAUGCUGACUUGAAAAGGACAAUAGCUGUUCUUUUGGAUGACAUUCUUCAGAGGCUUGUAAAACUAGAGAGUAAAAUUGAAUAUAUAGUUGUGAAUGGUUCAUCGGCCAAUACUACUAAUGGUGCUGGAAGUAAUUUGGUGCCUGCAACGACCAGUAAACAGAUUAAUGUGCCAAGAAAUGUUAGAUAGCCUGUGGACACAGAGCAAGUGUAAUGCCGUAAAGCAAAGUUACUUUUUCAGGGGCUGGAUGUUAAAUGUGAAAUGCUGCAGGUUUCAUAACAAGCUUUCUUUUAACCUUUUGAAGAAAUUGUUUAAAUGCCCUUAAGCCCGUUAUAUUAUUGCAGUAGAAAACCUCAUAUUUAAGUACAUCUGUACAAACUGGUAAACCUGAGGUUUGUGCUGUAAGCUAUGUCCUGUAUUCAGAUAAACAUGAACAAAAAACUUGAUAAUGUAAUACGAUUCAGAAAGUCAAUGCUGACAGAUAUGAUGUUAUUUGAUUUUAGAAGUCUUGGAACACGAACAAGCUGAUACCAUAAGUCAGUUUCCAAAACUUUCUAAUAAAGCAAAGUAUAACUCUCGGGCUGCUUGCUUAUGAAGUUAACAACUAGUAGAUUUUUACUGUGCUCACUCAAAGUAAGCUGUGCUUAUUGUAACUUUAUUUAUUAUAAACCAUGUUAUCCUGUCACAAAAAUAAUCAUUUCAUGGUUUUAUUAUUUCUGAGACAAAACUGAUUUUGUAUCAUUUAUUGUACACUGAUAGUUUAUCACAGAGCUUAUGAUGGGUUGAUUUAACUGGUGCUGUCAAAUGCUUGACUCUUGAGCAGAAUUAAUAUACAUCAUUGGCUAAGUGAAUAGUUUUAUUUUAUUCAAUGGUGUACUGAGGACUGUUGUUAAAUUUAGAUUUUUAUUUCUUUACUGUAUAGAACAGUAUGGUUAAGUUUCAGUCUAAGCUGUAAGAGAUAAUAUGCGAUUUAGGUAGAUGUUUAAUUUAGAAACUGUGAUCAAAUGCACUGUAGUUUACCUUUGCACUGUGUCAUUUAGUUAUACAAAGUCCUUCUGACAGAUGUUAAAAGUGUUAGCAAAAAAACACCCAAGCAAGUAACAACACUGUAAGCAGUCUCUUAUUCUUUUCAUAAGGGAGACAUCUAAAUUCUAAUCUUGUUGUUUCCAGCCAUGGGAACUGUCUUUAAAAGCUGAAGAAUGCACUUAGAGGAACAUACUUAACGUCCUGUAAAGAAAUGUUAAUAUAUUUGUACAUUGUAUUGCAGUUCAGUUUAUGUUAAACAUGAAACAUGAUGCGUUUUCAGAAGUAGUCCUGUUUUUGUUCCAUUGUGACUUUGCAAGUGCUGCACUAAACACUGAUUUCGGACUUGAGUGGCCUAAAAACGCUUACAGAACAAAUGUAUCGUCAUUAACCAUUUGUUUUCUCUUAUCUUUUCUGAGUACAACUCUGUUUUGCGCUGUUAUACCUUUUGACUAUAAUUUAAGAAGGGCUGGAUAUUGUACAUUUUCAGCUGGUAUGGCUGUAUGAUGUGUAUAUAUUGAUUAUGUUUAUUGCUAAACACCACUAAAGUAUUUUUUUAAAAUGCAGAGAGUGAGUUGUAUGUCAAAAAUGCAUUUUGUUGUAGAAUAAUAAAAUGCAGCUUUUUGUGCAAAGAAA